AAUGGGGGAAAGGACGAUAUAAUAUCUAAAUUUCGACACUUCAAUACUUCAACACUUCUUCUCCCAGCAGGACCCAUCUAUUUAUUUAUUUACUUGUCAUCACACUCAAACAAUCCAACGUACUCACAAAUGGAUGUUCAAUUCUACCUCUUCUAAGCUCAUCCUUCGAGCAUCAUAAUAUUCGAGUUUAGCUAUAUUUUAGUAUUUCGCAAUUUCUGCGAUCCCCAAAGAGCUGAUCAUGGCUGAGUCGUCACCGCUAAAAGCAACACCUAAGCGCAAACGGGACGAUGUAAUCACUGAACAACGUAUCUUCAACAACUCUUCUCCCAGCAAUUACGGCUUACCUAGAACCAACUUUUCUUUCCAAGCACCAAUCCUCAGACCAGUCGAGAACCCUCGCAAUGAAGCCCACGAGGAUGGUAAUAGUAGCCCUCGAAGCAAGGUUGCUCAGAAGUUCCAAGAACUGGCCCUAGAAAGUGGGGGCGGGGUAAAUCACAACAAAGACAGGGCCGAUGGAACAGUCGUGCUGGGAACCGAAAACGACGAGGCUAGCCCCGAGAGCCCAAGAUUCUCACCGGAGCUCCCCGUAUUCGACUUUGAUGGCGGUAAUAGUAGUAGCAGCAGUUCGUCUGCCGAUGACAUGCAGCUUGACGAAGAUGACGGCGUAUCACGGAAGCGAGUCAAGUUACCCGACUUGCCCGACUGCCGAGAAAUUGGCGAGAUCGGCCUAAAUGGACAGCCAGAUUCAACUCGUGCAAUUCCAUUCCAACCUAAUGGGUCUGUUCAUUUCGCGUUACAGUCGGCUGUAGAUCCUGCUAUUGUGAGAACAACCAAGAAUGGAAAUUUCGGCCGUUUGCAGAAGUCCUACCCAUCGAUUAAUCGUCUGUCGGACUCUAAAUCACGUAGUCGAAAGCGAGCUGGUACGCCUCCUUUAGCGAAACGUAAUAACAAAUCGACAGAGCCUACGCCCGACGAAGAACCUAUUGUUAUCGACCCUAUUCGUGCUGCACUUACUUGGCAUGAAGAUGAAAUUACUGUUUAUGAUCCUGAGGAUAAAGACGAUGACGGUACUGGUAUCAACGGUAUAGGCUUUAGACCGACUCCUGCUAUAGCAUACGCCCGUGCUCAGAAGCGAAGACAACAACUCGCUGAAUACAAGAAACGUGAGGAGAGUGAAGCUAGAGCGAAGAGGAGCCAACGCCGCCGACAACAAUUCGGGAAUGCUGGGGGGUUGGAGAGAAAGCAUUCUAUUGUGCGAGUGCAUUUCUCGGAGGCGGAGCCAACAACCGUAGUCACAAACUGAUGCUGGCGUACAUCCCCCAUUAUGUGGCACUGAAUCCCACUCCUGCGAAUUAAGGCGUUACAUGGUCACGAUUGGUAAUGACGGUGUGUUAAGGCGUUUGUUGGGUUUUGGCGCAGAUCACGGCAGAAAAAUGGUCGAUGAUGAGAACCCGACCUUUCGUUUAAGAUAACAUUUGAUUUUUCCUUAUGUUUAUUGAUUUUUUUUUAUUUUUUUUUGGAAGAUAUGCCUAACUGAAGGCUUGACACUGUCGCGGGCCACACUCUACUGAAGCCAAUGCUGCCUGAUUAAAUAGAAACCAUGGGUAUGUCUGGAGUGUCUCAAGGUUGACACAAGUAGGAUGUUAUACCCCCAUAUUGAUAAUGUACAGUAGCAGCUACAGUAUCCCUUCAAAGGUCCGUGGGUUAAAUAGGCUCACCAAAAUUUAAACCAACUUUUCUUUGUAGCAGCAGCUUCUUGCUUCGCCUUUUCCUCCGCUUCUCGCUUUAACCUUGCUGCUUCUUCUGCUUGUGAUUUCUUUUCGGCUUGUUUCUUAUCAAUAACUUCGACUAUUCGCGCCAUUGCGACUCGUUCGUUCGCUCGUUGUGCCCGACAAUAUUCCCAUUGGACUAUAGAACCUAGAAAAAAUGCACCAAAUGCCCAAUUCGCCGCCUUUGGUAUUCGUCCUGGUGGG